UGACAGACUGAAUGGAGGGCAUCACUAACAAAGCACCAAGCCUUGAUGACAUUGCGGAAGUGCUAUUCCUGUGCGCUGCUCGUGACCCUCCCUGGUACCCCCCUCCACUCCACAACAACACAGUCUGGAGUCUCCGGAUCAACAAGCAGCGGACUGAACCGAACCAGGAACCGGGAACCAGGAACCAGGAACCCUAACCCGGGUUUAGGAGCAGAUCAUGGCCCAGGCCAACAUCUCGGUGACGGAGAGCCAGUUUCGGUGUCCCGUCUGCCUGGACAUCCUGAAGGACCCGGUGUCCACCCCCUGCGGACACACCUACUGCAUGUCCUGCAUCAACGGCUACUGGGACCAGGCGGACCCGGCCCACUUCAGCUGCCCGCAGUGCCGCGAGGCGUUCAGCCCGCGGCCGGUGCUGCGGAGGAACACGGUGCUCAGCGAGGUGGUCGACAAGCUGAAGCUGAGCGAGAUGCGCUGCACUCCGGAGCUCUACGUCGGAGGAGUCGGCGACGUGCAGUGCGACUUCUGCCCGCCGGAGAGCAAGCUGCGGGCGGCCAAGUCCUGCCUGGUCUGCCUGGCGUCCUUCUGCGAGCUGCACGUCCUGCCGCACCGGGAGGUCGGCACGCUGCGGCGGCACAAGCUGGUGGCCGCGGUGGAGAGUCCGGCGGAGCGGCUGUGCGCUCAGCACCGCCUCGGUCUGGAGCCGGCCGGGGGCGGAUCAGAGGCCGAGGCCAGGGGGGACUGGAGCGGGGACUGCCUGCUGUGUGAGGCCGAUCAGGAGGAGGUGCACGGCGGAGGGGACGCACAGAGGAACAGGAGACAGCUGCAGCUCCAGGAGUCUCAGAGGACGGUCCAGGGGAGGACACGGAGUGGAGAGAGGGAGCUGGAGGAGUUUCAACAAAGUCUAGAGUCUCUCAAGGUGUCAGCGUCGGCUGUUUUGGAGGACAGUGAAGCUCUGUUUGCAGACAUGGCACUCCGUCUGGAGAAAACCAAGGCAGAGGUUCGAGCGAGGCUGGAGGCGAAGGAGCGAGCGGUGGUCGGGAGGGCGGAGCGGGACAUAGAGGUGCUGGAGAAAGACCUGGAGGAGCUGAGGAGGAGAGACGAGGAGAUCAAUCAGCUUCUGCAAACGGAGGACAAUGCCCAUUUCUUACAGGCGGCUCCCCUGCUAUGCGUCUCUCUCACCGCCGGUCGGCACUCUAGAGCCCUCAGCCUGCCCACGGAGGGAUUCAGCGGCGCCAGGAGGGCGCUGUGCCACCUGCGCAGCCGCAUGGAGGAGGUCUGCCGGGAGGAGGUGGACAAGAUAAGCCGCGCAGUCAAUGAGAACUACGUGUCUGGAGGAGAGUGUGUAAAAGGUGGCAGAAAUCUCAGUGCGGAGAACUCCAAACCAUCUGCAGGGCAACAUCCCACGGGGGCGCCGGUGUCGUUCCCUCUGUCCUCUUUGUCUCUGCAGCCGGCUGAUCAGAGGAUGAGGGCGAAUUUUCUCAGGUACUCAUGCCGUCUGUCCCUGGACCCCGAUACAGCCCACCCUACUCUGGUUCUCCUGGAGGGGCCCCAGGGUGCCCACUGUGGCGAGGAGCCCCAAUCCUACCCCCCUCACCACCAGCGCUUUGAUUCGGUGGCCCAGGUCCUGUGCAGGGAGGGCCAGUUUGGCGGCGCCAGCUACUGGGAGGUGGAGUGGAGGGGCGGCGGGUGGGUUGACAUCGGCGUCACCUACCGCGGUAUCGGACGCAAAGGCGGCGGAAAACCCUGCCUGCUGGGGCGCAAUGAGAACUCCUGGCGGCUGAGGUGCACGCACGCCGGAUACGCCGCCUGGCACGACAACCGGAAGACCACGGUAGCCGCCCCGCCCUGCCCCCGGAUCGGCGUGUUCCUGGAGCGCCAGAAAGGAGCGCUGUCCUUCUAUAGCGUGUCGGACACGAUGGUGCUCCUGCACACCUUUCGUUGCCCGUUCUCUCAGCCGCUGUACCCGGCCUUCCGCCUGGACCUGGACUCCACGCUGCUCAUCAGCCCCCAUGAGGCAGGCAAUGGAAACACAACCUAACCUUGACCUUCCUCGUCCAGGACCCUUCGUCUGACUACUGCAGGAAAGGGCUGCUCGCUCUGAACACUAAAAGAAGUUAGUGGAGAAGCAACAACAUCAGGAAGAAGCAUCACAGUCAGGAAACCAAACACUUUUCUUUUUCCAUACAUAGUCUCUCCUUCUGUGAGUGCCUCUCUUGACAAAAAAUCUCUUCUGAUUGUAAAAUACUUUUUUUAUUAUUUUUAAAAGAAAAUUCUCAAUAUGCAUAUAUAUAUAUAUAUAUAUAUAUAUAUAUAUAUAUAUAUAUAUAUAUAUAUAUAUCAACAAGAAAAUUCUGAAUCAGCAAAACAAAGAUACUAAAAGGUAUUCACCCCUA